UCAUUCUUUCCCCAAACCCACCACGAUUCGUCUCCGACCUAUCCAGAGCACGGAUUUUCGCGGGUAACCUAUCGAAUCUACGCUCUGAUAACUUUGGAUUUUAUCCAUGCGUACUCUCUCUAGUAAUCCUGACAUACCCAAUUACCUAACCCAAGUACCCAAGUAGUUGGUUGGAUCGAGAACGGGGCUCAAUGGGGCUUUUUGUCACUUUUCAAUUUCAACCUCUUCUCUUUAUUCUUUAAAAAUGAAAUAUACUAUUGUACUCUUUGUUCCGUUUCCAUAUCGUCGUACGUAAAUCCUCCUUGUGGAGUGUUUACGUUAGAUUGAUGCAACUCUGCCAACUGUAAAGUAACUAUGAUUUUACGUUCAUGUGCAAUAUUCGAAUCCAAUGAUGGUAUAAUCUUCAAGGAUUUGUGAGGAUUUGUACAAGUUUGUGCAACAUAUGUAAAGUAAACAAAUAUUCUUUUGAAGAUAUUUUAUCUAGAUAAUGGCAGAAGAAGAAUUUGAAGAAAAGGAGUACCGUUGGGAAACUGGUUACGAAAAGACAUGGGAGGCAAUUAAGGAAGAUGACCAUGGUCUGUUGGAAGCCUCUGUCGCAGAUAUUAUUCACAAUGCUAAGAGAAAACGUCAGCUGGAAAGAAAACAGGGUGCCAGAUUAGGAAUGAUGAGGCAUUUUUAUAUUAUCUUAGAUGCUUCUGAAUCAAUGUCUAAUCAAGAUUUGAAACCAACUCGUUUUCUGUGUUCUCUAAAGCUCUUAGAAGAUUUUAUCGAGGAAUUUUUCUAUCAAAAUCCUAUAAGUCAAUUAGGUGUAAUUAUAACUAGAAAUAAAAGAGCUGAGAAAAUUAGCGAUUUAGCUGGUAACUCAAAGAAGCACGUUAAGGAAUUACAAAUUUUACAACAAACUGUAGUAGGCGGUGAGCCUUCUUUGCAAAAUUCUUUAGAAUUGGCAACAAAGUUAUUGAAAUUAUUACCAUCACACGCUAGUAAAGAAAUAUUGGUAAUUAUAGGAGCCUUGACUACAUGCGACCCUGGAGAUAUCAACGAAACAAUAAAAAAUAUGAAAUUGGAUGGCAUUAGAUGUAGCGUAAUAGGAUUGGCCGCUGAAUUAUACAUCUGUAAACGAAUGGCUAACAUUACCGGUGGCGAACAUAGCGUUGCGCUCGAUGAUAAACAUUACAAGGAGCAAUUGAAUGCACAUAUAGAUCCUCCGCCUGCUGCAAUGCGAUUAGAUGCAGCGCUUGUGAAAAUGGGGUUUCCUCAUCACGCUCUACACUCUAAUGCGCCAGAUACAUCUAUAACAGUAUGUAUGUGCCACGCACACAAUUCCGAUGAAACGGUUAAACUUAUGACUACCGGCUACCUUUGUCCCCAGUGCCUCAGUAAACAUUGUGAGCUACCUGUGGAAUGUAGAGCUUGCGGUCUUACUCUAGUAUCCGCUCCACAUUUAGCCCGAUCAUAUCACUAUCUAUUUCCUGUUGAUCCUUUUAAAGAAAUUGCACCUGACAGUGAUUAUACUAUCUGCUUUGGGUGCCAAAAAGCUUUUACCCAAAAGGAUAAAAAGGUAUAUACCUGCGGAAAAUGUAAUCAAAUGUUUUGUUUAGACUGUGAGAUUUUUAUUCAUGAGAUAUUGCACACGUGUCCUGGUUGUGCAAUAAAUCCUGAAACAUAUAAGAAAAGAGAGUCUACAGAUAGAUCUUGAAAUGGCACACUUACCGAUAUAGCAAGAAAAUUUGUAUAAAUACAUAUGAACAUUACGAUAAAGGUGAUGCAUUUGCUUGCGCGCGCGCAUUUAUUCUAAAUUAAAA